AUGAAGAAUUUUGGUUAUCAGCGUGAGACAAGACGAACUCGGAAAAAAAACUUCCGAGUUGAUGGCCGACAAAGAUCUGAGUUGAGACCAAUCAUCAUGGAAACUGACAUCGUCAGUCACGCGUCUGGGUCUUGUCAUCUGAGGUUGGCGAAUACAGAUAUUCUGGUUGGAGUUAAGGCGGAACUUGAGACUCCACUUCCGGCAUAUCCGGACAGAGGCCGGAUAGAGUUCUUUGUCGACUGUUCUGCCAAUGCAACUCCAGGGUUUGAAGGAAGAGGCGGGGAUAAUCUUGCUGCGGAUAUCAGUAGAGUACUAGCACGAGCAUAUGACAGUCCUGACGUAAUGAAUUUGAAUAAACUGUGUAUCCUUGCGGGGAAAACAUGCUGGAUUCUUUACGUAGAUAUUCUUAUAUUAGAGGUUGGUGGUAACCUGUAUGAUGCUGUGUCUAUGGCUGUAAAAUCUGCUCUCUUCUCAACCAAAAUACCAAUUGUUUCAGUCACAUCAGUAACUUUAACGCGUAUUGGGAACCACUGUGUAGUUGAUUCUACCCCUGAGGAAGAAACCUGUAGUUCUGCAUCACUACUUGUCUCUGUAUCCCCAGCAGGAUUCAUCACUACUGUCAAGAAGAUUGGUGGCGGAAGCUUCCAGCCGAAUAGCAUUUUGUCCGCCACGAAACAGGCAGUUGCGGUUGGAGUAGAUGUCAACAUUAAGCUCAUUCAAAAACUUAAACAGGAGGAAGCGAUGGGAAGAAAGCGAGAAAAAGUUGGAUUUCUUUGAUUUUGAUUUAUCGAAUAAAAUAUUUUUAGCGCA